GAGUAUCUAGAGAUUUUGAGCAGUAGACAAAUUGUCCAUAAUUGACAUCAAUAUGGGUCGGAGUAAGAAAAGCAAGCAGAGAUUGAAUCCAGAGGCUUUCAACCUCGCAAAAAAAGACCACGAAACCGGGUUGGUCGCCUUGCCGCAGGAAGGGUCAAGCAUUGAAGCCUUUCGACGAAAGGUUCACAUGGAUACUAGUGGAAACCCCAUAAGUAAGCGUGGGGCUUGUACUGCACUCAAUGAUAGUCGUCUCAUGCCUAUAUAGCUGACCCAGAUCGUUCCAACCCUUCGCGGCCACGUUGUGAACGUCCACUUGAGACUGUUCGUGCGUUACAGGCCGCCGCAGAAGGCUCUGGCAAUCGUCGUUCUGCUGCAGAGACACAUGGUAUGGUCUGUGGCGUCAGAAGUCGCCAUGCUGACUUUGCUAGCUUCUCAAUUAGACUGGGCUGGCAUUACUGUCUGUCGGCCACGCUAUCAAUCCGGCAACCCCUUGAGAAAUGUUUGUCCGAGGCCCUCUCCUUUACAACAACCACAUCCUCUUCGCCAGACGUACUGGCAAACCUCUUUCGAUGGGCCUAGCAUUCGCCGUCCGGGCGAUCAGGCAUCUGACUCGGCUCCAGUAUAUCCAACAAACCAACGAGGACACAUUAAGCCGUCUUCCAAAUCAAAGAACUUCGAGAUCGAAAAUGCAAAUGGGUGUCUAGCAGAGAGAUAUGAGCCAGUUCAAGCUGGGAUGGGAUAACUUGUUCCGUAUUCUGAGCCACAGAGUCUUAAGCUCCAAUUAUUCGAAUGUGCCAUACAUUGAAUUUUCUUCGACACAUCUUUGUCGUGCUUUUGUAACUCCAACCCCAUUCCGUAUUAAUCCUGUCACGAGCUCAAGAGAUAAAUUCACCGUCUAUGUUUUGACAGAAGUGGAAUCUAUCCUCCGCCAUCCACGCUGUCUCGGGCAAGGCGGAGCUUAGAGGGAAAACGUCGAUCGAGAACGUAGACCCUUCGAGACGGGGUUCAAUCUUAUCUCUGUUACGAGGGAUUGGAGUAGCAACGAAACAGGAUACGGAAGCAAUAGGUCGUCAGCGCAAGAGGCUUUGACGGUAGUCAGCAACGAGCGAGGCAUUACUCAUGGCCGGUUCCUAGAGAACGGCCCAGAUAU